GCCGUCCCGCCAGCCACGGUCGGCCGCGGCCGAAUUUCGGGAAGUCCUGCUGCUCGGAUUCCGCCGCUCCCGGUCGCCUCCGCCGGGGAGGUCGGGGCGGGGGAGCCGAGCGCUGCCCCCGCCAUGCUCCGCAGACUGGCCCGGGCUGCGACCCAGCAGCAGGGGGCCCUCUGGGCGCGGGGAUCUGGGAGCCAGGCGGGGAUCCCGACGCACGUGGUGGACCUGCGCAGCGACACGGUUACCAAGCCCGGGCCGGCCAUGAGGCGCUCCAUGGCCGAGGCGGUUGUGGGGGACGACGACUACGGCGAGGACCCCACCGUCCGCGAGCUUCAGGCCACGGCUGCGGAACUGCUCGGGGUGGAGCGAACCCUGUUCGUGCCCACAAACACCAUGGCCAACCUCAUCUCUGUGAUGUAUCACUGCCAGCGCCGGGGCUCCCCGCUCCUCCUUGGGCAGGAGUGCCACCUCCACGUCCAGGCGCAGGGCGGGGUGGCUCAGAUCGCUGGGGCGCACUCCCACCCCCUCCCAGACCUGCCCCAUGGCACCCUGGACCUGGCUGAGCUGGAGGGGCUGGUUGCACGGAGCCUUGGGAGCCGCUCCCACCCCGUCUGUGAGCUCAUUUGCCUGGAGGACGCCCACAGCAGCUCAGGGGGCUGGGUGCUCCCCAUCGAGUUCCUCAGGGAGGUGCACCUGCUGGCCCAGAGCUAUGGGGUCCAGGUUCACCUGGACGGGGCCCGGUUGAUGAAUGCCGCGGUGGCUCUGUGCAUGCCCCCUGCCCGCAUCGUGGAGCACUGUGAUUCUGUGUCUCUCUGUUUCUCCAAGGGCCUCGGCGCACCAGUGGGGGCCCUGGUUGGGCGACCCAAGGGCUUCACUGAAGAAGCCUGGCGCCUCCAGAAAGCCCUGGGUGGGGGGAUGUGCCAGGCGGGGGUGCUGGCCGCAGCUGCCCUGGUGGGACUGACUGAUGCUGAGGAGGUGUUGCUGAAGGACCACCAGAACGCCCAGAGGUUUGCCAGAGGUGCCUGGACACCCCCCACUUCCCUUUGGCCCCAGGGGUGUGCCUUGGGGGUCCCCUGUAGCCGGGCCCAAACCCCCAGCAGGUGUGCAUCCUUCCAACUCUAGAAGGUGAAGGUUAGCCGCUGAGCCAGCAGGGGUGGGACCAGGCGGCCUGUGCUUUGCCAGGCCACGACCCGUGCAGGUCCUAGACCAGUGGGCACCCAGCGGGUGUUAGUAAUUUUCUACAGGAUCCAGCAGAAUGUAGCCUUUAGCUUGGGUUGAGUCCUCACAAAAACCCCACGAUGUCCCCACUUUACAGAUGAGGAAACCUAGACCCCAAGAGGUUAACGGAUUUGUCCAAGGUCACGGAGCUGAAAAGUAGCAGAGCCAAGCCUGCCCAUGUUAGGAAUAAGACUCCCUCUUUUCCUCCCACUACAGUUGGGCUGUCCUCUGCCUUUCCUGGGGUGACAUGGCUGGAGUGGUAGGGAUAGUGGUGGGGUACUGGGGUCGGGCUCCGCUUACCACAGGACCUGGGCUCAGGAACUGGCAUCCCCUGUCUGCUCCGUGGAUCUCACCACCGUAGAGACGAACAUGGUGAGGGUGAGGGUGGAUGGGCUGCCGCCCGAGGAGCUGUGCCAGCGCCUGCAGACCAUGAGCGCUGACGAGGUGGCCCAGACUGGCCACACGGUGCGUGUGCUGCUGUCCCCUGGACUGAGCGGUCAGUGCGAGCCGUGUGGCACCGCGACAUCUCUGCACAGGACACCAAGCUGGCGCUGGGAAAGUGGGCGUUCGUGCUGAGGGCCCUGAGGAUGGGGUGACGGACCCUGUGCCCUGGGUGGGAUGGAGGGAGGUGGGGAGUGGAGGUGUCCCCAGGGAGUGGGUGGGAAGAGAGGCAGUAAAACAACACCCCUGUCAUCCACUGGUCUCCUUGGACCCCUUCACUUCCCUGACACAUGGGGUGAGGCCUUCCACCUGUUCAUCCAGCAAACCUCGCGUACCCCUGUGUCCGGGACAGGGGCCCAAGCAUGCAAGGACAGGUGGGACCCCAUGCUGGCUCUCCCAGCACAGCCCAGGAGGCAGCCACAUGGCUCAUGAGAGCAUCUUGGGGACUUGCAGGAGGAAGCGUGAGAGGACACAGAGAUGGACACUGGUAUUGGGUGGCCUAGUAGGGGGCUGGGGCUUUACCUUGCAGUCAUCUCAUCUGUAUUUACCUUUUUUUUUUGCAGUACGCGGGCCUCUCACUGCUGUGGCCUCUCACUGCUGUGGUCUCUCCCGUUGCGGAGCACAGGCUCCGGACG